AUGGAGCUCACCAUGGAGAACCUUCACAGCGUCUCCUCGCACUCCCAGGCGGGGGACCUCAUGAGCUCUUCGCACGCGCGGCCGUCGCCAUCCCCCUGCUCCACUCCCCGGAAUCUGGUUUCGCACGCUCCCGGCGCACGGUCAGCCAUGGUCUCCGGUAUGGCGUCGCUCCUGGAGAGCUCCGGUGGGGACUACCGAACAGACCCGUCCGCGCUUUCCGGACACCUGCACCCGUCCAUCAGCAUGUGCGAGACCGGGAUGAGCCUUAGCAACACGUACACCACCCUGACUCCUCUGCAGCACCUACCUCCGAUAUCCACCGUCUCGGAUAAGUUUCACCACCCGCACUCACAUCACCAUGCUGCCGCUCAUCAACGACUUUCCGCCGGGAACGUCAGCGGCAGCUUCACGUUGAUGCGGGACGACCACCGGGGCCUCGCCUCCAUGGGCAAUCUGUACAGUCACUACCCCAAAGAGAUGUCCGUGUCUGGUAUGGGCCACGGCUCACUCUCCCCACUGUCCAGCGGGCUGGGCUCUUUGCACAACUCCCAGCAGCCGCUCUCAGCCUAUGGACCGAGUGCGCACCUCUCAACUGACGCUAAGAUGUUAUCUCCGGUGUCCGGAUUUGAGUCCCAUGCCUCCAUGCUGUCCCGAAGUGACCAAGAGCACUUGGCAAGGAGUUUAGGGGGUCACAGCCACGGAAUGAUCUCCAACCUUAACGGCAUGCACCACCACCCGCACAGUCAUCUUCACUCCCAGGCAAACGGCGCGGUGAUGCUGGGGGAGCGGGAGAGGCACGGCCACGCAGCCGGCCAGGGAGUAGCAGGGUCGGGCAUCCAGGCGGAGGAAAUCAACACAAAAGAGGUGGCUCAGAGGAUAACGGCCGAGUUAAAGCGGUACUCUAUCCCACAGGCCAUAUUCGCCCAGAGGAUCUUGAGCCGGUCACAGGGAACCCUGUCAGAUCUGCUUCGGAACCCCAAACCCUGGAGUAAGCUCAAGUCGGGGCGGGAGACCUUCAGGAGGAUGUGGAAGUGGCUGCAGGAGCCAGAAUUUCAGCGGAUGUCUGCCCUCCGGUUGGCCGCAUGUAAACGUAAGGAGGAGGACCGCGGAAGAGAGCGGAGCCAGGUGCCAAAGAAGCAGCGACUGGUCUUCACCGACCUGCAGCGCCGCACCUUGGUAGCCAUCUUCAGAGAAAACCGCCGCCCCUCCAAAGAGAUGCAGCUCACCAUCUCCCAGCAGCUGGGCCUGGAACUCUCCACCGUGUCCAACUUCUUCAUGAACUCACGCCGCCGCUGUCCGGACCGCUGGGACACAGAGGAGCACAGUCACGGGGUGCACGGCCACGGCCACAUGCACACUCCUCACGGAAACAGCAGCAACAACAACGCCUCACCGAUCCAGCCCGGUACCUCCUCUGCGACCACGUUCUCCAAGGCCUGACGAUGGCUGGGGCAGACGCA